CGCAGACACGCUGUUUUGGAGUUUUGGUGUCUGCUUUGUUGUGUGGGGUUCGCAGUCGGACUUUUUGCGUAUAGUUUUGAGAUUUCAUUGCAGCUAGUUCGCAGUGCCGAAGAUGCUAUUCUGGCCUCAGUGGAUCGCGCAAUUAGUACAACCAGAACUUCAUCUUCAUCUCGAG